AUGGAGAAUAAUUAUACAAACCUCGAACCGUCUUUGGACAAACAUUUAAAAGGACAUCGUAAUAGCGUUACAGCUUUGUUUUAUAAUCCUAAUGAAAAGCAAUUGGCAAGUAGUUCAUUGGAUAAUAGCGUUUUACUAUGGGAUCUUCGUGGUAAUAUGAGGAGCUAUAGAUUCCAAGGUCAUGAUGAGGCGGUGAUGGAUGUAACAUUUUCUCCAUCAGGAAAGCAUAUGGCUUCUGCAUCUCGUGAUAAAACUGUUAGAGUGUGGGUGCCUACAGUUACAGGUAGCAUAGGAAUGUUUAAAGCUCAUUCUCAAACUGUACGCUCUGUUCAGUUUAGUCACGAUGGAUCCAAGAUAAUAACUGCAUCGGAUGAUAAAAUUGUAAAAAUUUGGUCUAGUGAUAAACAUAAAUUUCUAGCAUCAUUUGUGGGACAUACAAACUGGGUACGAAGAGCUUGCAUGUCUCAUGAUGGAUCCAUAGUAGCCUCCUGUUCUGAUGAUAAGACCACUAAGCUUUGGAAUCCUGAUAGUGGUGAAUGCAUACAUACCUAUAAAGAUCAAAAAGGUUAUGGACUGUAUCUGGCCUGGCAUCCAUCCAGCUGCUACAUAGCUGUUGGAACUUCUCAUGGGAAUGUAAAACUAUAUGAUAUAAGGACUCAUAAUCUAGUUCAAUAUUAUAGUAUACAUAGUGAUGCAGUAACUCAAUUAGCAUUUCACCCAAGUGGCAGUUAUAUAUUGACUUCUAGUAAAGAUGGCAAAAUGAAGAUUUUAGAUUUACUGGAAGGACAUCCAAUAUUUACACUGAGUGGUCACAGUGGUUCUGUAAAUGCUGUUGCCUUUUCUCCAAGUGGAUUAGGCUUUGCUUCAGCUGGCGAUGAUAAAUUGGUGUUUAUUUGGAGAACAAAUUUUACUGAAUUAGGAACUGAUACUAAAGAGAAUGAUGAACAGAAUGAAAUGUCUACUUCAAGGUCAAAAGCUUCUAAAGGUGUGAAGAUUUGGUAUCAGUGCUACCAUAGUACAAAGUAUCCAGUUAUAUCAUUUGAGCAUGUCGAUAAUCCAGAAAUGACUGAAGAUUCUAUAAGAAAUUCAAGUUUCCAUAGUAGUCAUCCUAAUGCAAACAGUACAAUGAUAGGUUCACAACAACAGAGUCAGAAUCAAGGCUCACUUCAGCCAUCUUCCUUGCCAAUUGAUCACUCUCGAAGAGUCUUUAAUCAAACACUACCUGAGCCUCACAAGGAAUGCCAAUCUGUUGAAUGCUCAUCAUACAAUGUAGGGCACAUAAGUCACAUUCCUCGUACUCCACCUAGUCCAGCCACUUACACCAUACCAACAAUGAUAAACCAAUCUAUGAGUGUUGAAAAAAAUGAAGAAGAUAUAUUUGGUAUGAUUAAAUUGGGAGACAAUGAUGUUUGUUAUACAAGUGGUACAAUAGAAUGGGUAGGUCGAAAAAGAAAUUUUCCUAUUAAUAGUGGCUUCAAAACUUUAAAUCCAAAUCAGAAAGACAUGAAUGAACCAUUUACAAAAAAAAUUAAACUGAAUAAGACUUUCACAAGUGGAAGGAAUAGAAUAAAGGAAUGUGAUUGUGCUGAUGUGCUACCUACUGUCAAUGCUAUUGUAGACCAUUUGAAUGCACUUCAUGAAGCAGUUGAUCUUGUCGAUUUAAGACUUAAUACUUUAGAAGAUGUUAUAUCCAGGGAUGAC